AUGAAAGAAGAGGAGGGAGAGGAGGAGGAGGAAGAAGAAGAAGAGGAGGAGGAGGAGGAGGAGGAGAAGAGGGGCUCUGUGAAGACCAAACAGCAUUUUACAGCUCUUCCUGACUACCCAAAGUACAUCAAACUGGACAAGCACAGUUUUGAAGAAGAGGAGGAGGAAGAGGAAGAGGAAGGAGGAGGAGGAGGGUUAGGUGUGGCCCUCCCUCCCCCUCCCACACCACUGCAGUCCCAGCCUCUGAUUGGCCAGCUCUCAGCCAAUCAAGAGAGAGACUUUAUGGCCUUGCAGGUUGAAUUGAGUGAAGCAAGAGUGGAAGUAGAGAGGCUGAGAGACAGACUGGGACAACUUGGUGAUUUGAAGGGACAAGUGAAUGCACUGAGAGAGAAGGUGAAGGUGGAGGGCAGUUCCUACCUGUCGUAUGUGUCUCAGGUGUCGUCGUCAAUCUUGGACUUGAUCUUCCAGAUACAAGACGAGAACACAAGCAAGAGGAAGGAGGAGGAGGAAGAGGAGAGGAAGAGAUCGGAUAGCCUUCACCAGCAGCUGACAGAGACCCAACACAAGCUGGCAGACACUCAACACAAGCUGGCAGACACUCAACACAAGCUGGCAGACACUCAACACAAGCUGGCAGACACACACAGACUGGCUGAUGUUUAUAAAGGCCAGUUGGAAGAUGCUCACAGGGAGAUUGAAGUAUAUAUGGACCAAUUGCAUAGACAAGAACAAAGCCUACAGCAAGCAGCAACAGAAGCAGAGGAAGCAAGACAGAAGAUGGAGGAGGAGAGGAAGAAGGAGGUGGAGGAGGUGGAGGAAAGGUGGAGAGAGAAGAUGAAGCAAGCUACUCUAGAACAUGAACUGGAGAUGGAAGAGUUAAGACAGCAGUUAGGAACAGUGAAGGAGACGCUGGUGGCCGGCCUGGAGGGAAGAGUGGAGGAGAAAGUAAGGGAGCAACUUCAACAAGAAAAAGAAAGAAUUGUAAAGAUUUUGGAAACAAGUUUUGUAGAGAGGGAAAGAAAUGCACUGGAAAUAUUGAAGGCAGAGCUACUGGAAAGGUUGAGGCAGGAGAAGGAGGAAGCAGUGGAAGAAGAAGGGAACAAGAUCAGAGCUGAGUGGAAGAAAGAUUUGCAUAGGAAAGAAGAAGAAAAGAAGAGAGAAAGACAAGAAUUUCUGGAGAAUGAGAGGAGGCACUGGGAGAAGGAGAAGGAAGAGGAAGUGCAGAGGAAACUUGCUCUUGUGGUGGAGGAAGGCCGAAGGGAACUGGAGGAGGAGAGAAAGAGGCACAGGCUGGAAGUUGAAAGCAUAAGGUCUAGAUUUAGAAUGAUGACAACGACGACAGCCACCACCAGCACCUCCCCCACUAGCAUGCCUUUCUCUUCAAGUCCCAGCGAGGAGCACCCGCCCUCCUCCCCACCCUCGUCUCUCAACAGAUGGGAGGGCCUGGACAGACUGAGAGAGGAACUGAUGAAAGAGAGAGAGAUAGAGAUUGAAGAGAGAAUUGCAAGUAUAAGAGAGGAAGAAAGGAGGAAACUAGAUGACGAAAAACAGAUGGAGUUUGCAGAAGCGGUGAAAGCUUUGGCACAGGACAAGGAAAGGGUUAUUCAAGAUUUAAAGAUUAGGAUUCAGCUUCUAACAGAUGAAUGUGACAGAAGAAGAGGAGGAGGAGGAGGAGGAGGAGGAGGAGGAAGAGAGGAGGAGGAAGGGAGAAAUGUUGGUGGACAGAUAUUGCAAGAAAAUGUUGAAUUGAAGAAUGAGAUCACCUCACUGCAGAAACAAGUCAGAAAUUUGAAAAUUGAACUGGCAAGAGCAAAACGGUUUUCAUUUGUGACACAGCAGAGCACCACCGCCACCACCACCACCACCACUGCUACUGCUGCUGCCACCGACAUGACGGCCUCCACAGCCUCAACGACUGUUAAUGAAGACACAAGAGAGAAUUUGCCACACCAGGCCAGCCCACUCCUGUCUCAUGGUACCAUCACCUUUAUUUCCUGCCAGACUGGGGACACACUGUUGGUGGUUUGGGAUGCAAUACAUGGCCACUACAGUGUUCAUUUUGAAACCGUUCAUGCUGAGGAGGGUGAAAACUGAGGUGGAAAAUGAAUAAACUUACAGACAAAAUUUGAGGUGAGUCUGUGUGUGUGUGUGUGUGUGUGUGUGUGAGAGAGAGAGAGAGAGGGGAAGGUGUCUCCUCACAACACUUGCAUUUCCUUCACUCUGAUGCUUACAACUUGCUGGGAUUGACUAAAGGUGAGUGUGUGUGUGUGUGUGUGUGUGUGUGUGUGUGUGUGUGUGUGUGUGUGUGUGUGUGUGUGUGUAGAUAGACAGAUGGACAAACAGACAGACAGACAGACUAUUUAUGUCCAUGUUUGAGUGACUGGCUGGCUGGCUGGCUGGCUGGCUAACUGACUGACUGACUGACUGACUGACUGACUGACUGACUGACUGACUGACUGACUGACUAAGUGACUGACUGACUGACUGACUGACUGACUGACUGACUGACUAAGUGACUGACUGACUGACUGACUGACUGACUGACUGACUGACUAAGUGACUGACUGACUGACUGACUGACUAAGUGACUGACUGACUGACUGACUGACUGACUGACUGACUAAGUGACUGACUGACUGACUGACUAAGUGACUGACUGACUGACUGACUGACUGACUGACUGACUGACUGACUGACUGACUAAGUGACUGACUGGUAGCUGGUAGUAGUAGUAGUAGUGUAGUAUUACAUCAUAGGCUACGGUCAACUCUCUCUCUCUCUCUCUCUCUCUCUCUCUCUCUCUCUCUCUCUCUCUCUCUCUCUCUCUCUCUCUCUCUCUUACACCACAUAACAGUCAUGAUAGUCCCUUCUCUUGGUAGUGACAUGAUGUAGAGAUCUCUGUGCCAUAAUUAUGGAGAGAGCGUGUUUAUAUUCCAUAGACACGCAUAGAAAGACGGCGCCAUUUGCAUCAGCUGAUGAAGCCCAGACCGAGACCCAAACAUUCUCUCCAGUGUGGUUCCUGCAGCCUGUGUGAUGUGAUUAUUCAUAUUUUUGCCUACCUACACACCUGGCCGGCACUCUCCACAGCGUGUAUAGAGACUCAGAACCAAAUGUGGAUGAAGUGGAGAGAAUCCGUUCAAAUUUACAGCAGAUGGAUAGAUUCCUUGGCCCUUAUCCACAUGAGUCCUGGAAGAAGUGGAUCUCUCUCACUCAGCACGUGGAGGAGACAGAACUGAAGUGGAUGAUCCCUCUGUCAGGUUGAGUUUGUUCGGCAGCAGAAUUAAUACCUGUCACUGGGUUCAGAUCUUCCAAGACACGCAGACACACACAGCAGCCCCUCCACCUCCUGGGUUCAGAUCUUCCCAAGACACACAGACACACUCAGCAGCUUCUCCACCUCCUCACAGCCCUCCACAGCCCCUGACAGCCUUCAUACACCACCAGAACAGCAACACAGCUUCCACAGGCCUCUCAAACAUCACAGGAGCCUCACAAACAGCCCCACACAGCACCACAAACCCAUUAGACCCCCAGCCCAUUACCUCACCCACUUCACAGCACCCCCCCCCUCCACAGCUCCCAGAAAUGAAGCCGAGGGAAGGGACUAUAUUUUGUUUCACCCAGCCCCCCACCAGAACCUACAGAGAGGGGGCUAGUGAACUCAGAAUAUAGUCUUUACUCUUCCUACAGUUUGAAGUUGAUUGGUAUGGCCGGACAGCUUAGUGGCAGAGCUCCAGGUGGCCUUCGUCAGCUUCUUGGUGGCACAGGUGUGGGAUGGCUGGGACCAGUGGAGGUGUGUGGAGGAGCAUCUGUGCCAGGCAGAGGUGCUGCUGCUGGAGGGGCUGCAGUUGUGUGCAAAGCUCCUCUUGGUCCUACACUAUAUUUUUCGUCUUUCUAUAUAUAAAGUUGUCUCUCUCUCUCUCUCUCUCUAUUACGUUAACUUAACCCUUUCCUUCCCCACAGAUCCCUGAAGACCUAUUCAUCAACAUUGUAGUCCAACAACUUCCUUGCCUCUGCACUCAACGCUCUCUUCACCAACAUCAAGGACAACUCCGCCAACCUGCCUUGGUCCUUAAGGCUCAGCACUUCAAGGACCACCUCUCUGCCAAGUUCGAGUGGGAUCUGACACUUGGGGACGAGAGAGUACACGCUGGUGGUGGUUGACUUGGUUGUGCGCGUCUCCAGCACCCUGCAGUACGUACACACACACACACAGACAGACAGACGGACAUCAUCAGAGGAAGAAAAUGCUAUGUUCUGUAAAAGUUUAUGACAUUAAGAAAAUAAAGGGUUAAGAUUCAA